AGCAACCGGGGGGGCCGGAGCCGCCUGCGCUGUCGGGGCGGCGGGCCCAGAAGCCCUCCCCCCACCCGGGGGAAAACGACCGCCGUUCAGGUGGGGACCUCCUCGGUCCCGUCCCGGGCUGCAGCAGGCGCUUCUGGGUUCGGCAGCGCAGCAUGAAAGCAGCGGCCGCCGCCGCCUCCAGGGCUGCAGGCAGAUCAGCCCCCAGCGAAUAAGCAGCGAGUCCUGGACCCGGAGGAGGAGGAGCAGCGGCCGAGCAUCUCUCUCGCCCGCCGCUCGGUGUCCUUUAAAUGAAGACUCCCCGCGGGCGCCGGGGGUAGAUCCGCAGAGCCUCGCCCCGCGCCGCCGACCCCGCUCCCAUCACUCACCUGUGACCGGCACCGCUCAGCCCGCCCGGUCCCCGCUCCUCCAGCGGCCCUGGUCCGGGCGCCCCUUUGUAUGCCGCCGACAUGGCCAGCCAGCAGGAUUCCGGCUUCUUUGAGAUCAGUAUCAAAUAUUUACUGAAAUCCUGGAGUAAUACUUCUCCAGUUGGCAACGGUUAUAUCAAGCCUCCAGUUCCACCUGUAUCUGGCACACAAAGGGAGAAAGGCCCCCCAACCAUGUUACCCAUCAGUGUGGACCCAGACAGCAAACCAGGAGAAUAUGUUCUCAAGAGUUUAUUUGUCAACUUCACCACCCAGGCUGAGCGCAAGAUUCGCAUCAUCAUGGCAGAACCCCUGGAAAAGCCAUUGACAAAAUCUCUACAACGUGGAGAAGACCCCCAGUUCGAUCAAGUCAUCAGCUCGAUGAGCUCCCUUUCUGAAUACUGCCUGCCUUCCAUUCUGCGUACACUGUUUGACUGGUAUAAAAGGCAAAAUGGCAUUGAGGAUGAAUCACAUGAAUACAGGCCAAGAACGAGCAAUAAAUCAAAAAGUGAUGAACAGCAGCGAGAUUACUUAAUGGAAAGACGGGACCUCGCCAUUGAUUUUAUUUUUUCUUUGGUUUUAAUAGAAGUUUUAAAACAGAUUCCACUUCAUCCUGUGAUAGACAGUUUAAUACAUGAUGUUAUUAACUUGGCUUUUAAGCACUUUAAAUACAAAGAAGGGUACCUCGGUCCUAACACUGGCAAUAUGCACAUUGUGGCAGACCUGUAUGCAGAAGUCACUGGAGUGCUCGCGCAAGCUAAAUUCCCUGCUGUAAAGAAGAAAUUCAUGGCAGAGCUGAAGGAAUUACGGCACAAAGAACAGAGCCCAUAUGUUGUUCAGAGCGUUAUCAGUUUGAUAAUGGGAAUGAAAUUCUUUCGAAUUAAGAUGUAUCCGGUGGAAGACUUUGAGGCCUCUCUUCAGUUCAUGCAGGAAUGUGCACAUUAUUUCCUCGAAGUCAAGGACAAAGAUAUCAAGCAUGCCUUGGCUGGGCUUUUUGUUGAAAUUCUUGUCCCUGUUGCUGCAGCUGUUAAAAAUGAAGUAAAUGUUCCCUGCCUUAGAAACUUUGUUGAAAGCCUGUAUGAUACUACGCUGGAACUCUCUUCUCGAAAGAAGCAUUCCCUGGCCUUGUACCCCCUGGUGACGUGUCUGCUCUGUGUCAGUCAGAAGCAGCUGUUCCUGAACAGGUGGCACAUUUUCCUCAACAACUGCCUAUCCAACCUUAAAAAUAAAGACCCCAAGAUGGCUCGAGUUGCCCUGGAAUCUCUGUACAGAUUACUUUGGGUUUACAUGAUUCGAAUUAAAUGUGAGAGCAACACAGCCACUCAGAGCCGCCUUAUAACCAUCAUCACCACACUUUUCCCCAAAGGGUCCCGUGGUGUGGUGCCGAGAGAUAUGCCUCUGAACAUCUUUGUGAAAAUCAUCCAGUUCAUUGCCCAGGAACGUUUAGAUUUUGCAAUGAAAGAAAUCAUUUUUGAUUUUCUUUGUGUGGGAAAACCAGCGAAAGCAUUCAGUCUCAAUCCAGAGAGAAUGAACAUUGGUUUGCGGGCCUUCUUGGUAAUAGCCGAUAGCUUGCAGCAGAAAGAUGGUGAGCCUCCCAUGCCGGUCACAGGAGCUGUUCUCCCGUCAGGAAACACAUUGAGAGUGAAGAAAACAUACUUGAGUAAAACACUAACGGAAGAGGAAGCCAAAAUGAUAGGCAUGUCAUUAUAUUACUCUCAAGUACGAAAAGCCGUGGACAAUAUUUUAAGGCACCUUGAUAAGGAAGUAGGAAGGUGUAUGAUGCUAACGAACGUCCAGAUGUUAAACAAAGAACCCGAAGACAUGAUCACGGGUGAGAGAAAGCCAAAAAUAGAUCUUUUCAGGACUUGUGUUGCUGCUAUUCCUCGACUGCUUCCUGAUGGGAUGUCCAAACUUGAACUUAUUGACCUGCUGGCUAGGCUCUCCAUUCAUAUGGAUGAUGAACUGCGACAUAUUGCACAAAAUUCUCUGCAGGGUUUGCUUGUCGACUUCUCGGACUGGAGGGAAGACGUGCUGUUUGGCUUCACCAACUUCCUACUCCGGGAAGUGAAUGACAUGCAUCACACGCUCCUCGAUUCAUCCCUUAAGUUACUGCUCCAGCUCCUCACCCAGUGGAAACUGGUCAUACAAACUCAAGGAAAAGUCUAUGAACAAGUCAACAAAAUCAGGAAUUCAGAGCUCAUUCCAAAUGGCUCCAGCCACAGAACUCCGUCGGAGCGAGGUCCCCACUGCAGUGUACUCCACGCCGUGGAAGGCUUUGCACUGGUGCUGCUGUGCAGUUUCCAGGUGGCUACACGCAAACUGUCUGUUUUAAUUCUGAAGGAAAUUCGAGCUUUAUUUGUUGCCCUGGGUCAGCCUGAGGACGACGACAGGCCUAUGAUUGAUGUCAUGGAUCAGCUAAGUUCUUCCAUUCUCGAAAGUUUUAUUCAUGUAGCAGUUUCGGAUUCAACGACGCUACCGCUGAGCCACAGCGUGGACCUGCAGUGGUUGGUGGAGUGGAACGCAGUCCUGGUCAACAGCCAUUACGAUGUGAAGAGCCCCUCCCACGUCUGGAUAUUCGCUCAGUCCGUCAAGGACCCCUGGGUCCUCUGCCUCUUCAGCUUCCUGCGGCAGGAGCACCUGCCCAAGCACUGCCCCACGGCCCUCGGCUACGCCUGGCCCUACGCCUUCACUCGCCUCCAGUCGGUGAUGCCCCUGGUGGACCCCAAUAGUCCAAUUAAUGCCAAGAAAACCAGCAGUGCCGGCAGUGGAGACAACUACGUUACCUUGUGGAGAAAUUACCUUAUUCUUUGUUUCGGGGUGGCGAAACCCAGUAUUAUGAGCCCGGGACACUUAAGAGCUUCCACUCCAGAGAUAAUGGCGACCACCCCUGAUGGUACAGUGAGCUACGAUAACAAGGCCAUAGGCACCCCAUCCGUGGGAGUUCUGUUAAAGCAGUUGGUGCCUUUGAUGAGACUAGAGAGCAUUGAGAUCACAGAGUCCUUAGUUUUAGGAUUUGGAAGAACAAAUUCCCUUGUUUUCAGAGAACUGGUAGAGGAACUUCAUCCGUUAAUGAAAGAAGCUCUAGAACGAAGACCAGAGAACAAAAAACGCCGAGAACGGCGAGACUUGUUAAGGCUACAACUCCUUCGGAUAUUUGAACUUCUGGCUGAUGCUGGUGUCAUAAGUGACAGCACAAAUGGAGCCUUGGAACGGGAUACGUUAGCUCUUGGGGCUUUGUUCUUAGAAUACGUGGACCUGACCCGCAUGCUCCUAGAAGCCGAAAAUGAUAAAGAAGUUGAAAUUCUUAAAGAUAUCCGGGCACAUUUCAGUGCGAUGGUCGCCAACUUGAUUCAGUGCGUGCCAGUUCAUCACCGAAGAUUCCUUUUUCCCCAGCAAAGCCUGAGGCACCAUCUUUUCAUCCUGUUUAGCCAGUGGGCAGGACCUUUCAGCGUCAUGUUCACGCCUCUGGAUCGUUACAGUGAUAGAAAUCAUCAAAUUACCAGAUACCAGUAUUGUGCAUUAAAGGCAAUGUCAGCAGUGUUGUGCUGUGGCCCGGUGUUUGAUAAUGUGGGCCUUUCCCCAGAUGGCUACCUGUAUAAGUGGCUUGACAACAUUCUGGCUUGUCAAGAUUUACGAGUUCAUCAGCUCGGCUGUGAGGUGGUUGUCUUGCUGUUGGAACUUAAUCCUGACCAAAUAAAUCUUUUUAAUUGGGCAAUCGACCGAUGCUACACAGGGUCCUACCAACUGGCAUCGGGCUGCUUCAAAGCCAUAGCGACCGUGUGCGGCAGCAGGAACUAUCCCUUCGAUAUAGUGACAUUGUUAAACCUUGUUCUAUUCAAGGCCUCUGACACCAACAGAGAGAUUUAUGAAAUCUCCAUGCAGCUCAUGCAGAUCCUUGAAGCAAAGCUUUUUGUAUACUCGAAGAAAGUAACUGAACAAAGACCUGGCAGUAUUCUCUGUGGGACCCACGGCCCAUUGCCACCUCUCUACAGUGUGUCAUUAGGCCUCUUAUCAUGUGAACUGGCCAGGAUGUACCCUGAGCUCACUCUCCCACUCUUCUCAGAGGUAAGCCAGCGAUUCCCCACGACCCACCCGAACGGGCGGCAGACCAUGCUCACCUAUCUGCUGCCCUGGCUGCACAACAUCGAGCUGGUGGACAGCAGGCUCCUCCUCCCGGGGUCAAGCCCCAACAGCCCGGAGGACGACAUCAAGGACCGGGAAGGGGAAGUGAAUGCCUCCCACGGGCUGAAAGGGAACGGCUGGGGCUCCCCCGAAGCCACGUCGCUCGUCCUGAACAACCUCAUGUACAUGACGGCCAAGUAUGGAGAUGAAGUUCCUGGACCAGAAAUGGAAAAUGCUUGGAAUGCGUUAGCCAACAAUGAAAAAUGGAGCAACAACCUCAGGAUCGCCUUGCAGUUCCUGAUCAGCCUGUGUGGGGUCAGCAGUGACACGCUUCUCCUGCCCUACAUUAAAAAGGUGGCUAUAUAUUUGUGCCGCAACAACACCAUUCAGACCAUGGAGGAGCUGCUCUUUGAGCUGCAGCAGACGGAGCCGGUGAACCCGAUCGUGCAGCACUGCGACAACCCGCCCUUCUACCGCUUCGCCGCCAGCAGCAAGGCGUCCGCAGCGGCCUCGGGUACCACCUCCAGCAGUAACACGGUGGUUGCCGGCCAGGACAGUUUUCCAGACGCUGAGGACAAGAUAUUGAAAGAAUCUGAUGAGAGGUUUAGUAACGUCAUCAGAGCCCAUACUCGCCUAGAGUCCAGAUACAGCAACAGCUCUGGAGGGUCGUAUGAUGAGGAUAAAAAUGACCCCAUUUCUCCCUACACGGGCUGGCUGUUGACUGUUACAGAGGCCAAGCAGCCGCAGCCCUUACCCAUGCCUUGUACUGGAGGAUGCUGGGCCCCCCUGGUUGACUACCUCCCAGAGACCAUCACUCCCCGGGGGCCACUCCACAGGUGCAAUAUUGCUGUGAUUUUCAUGACUGAGAUGGUGGUGGAUCACAGUGUAAGAGAAGACUGGGCCCUGCAUCUACCAUUAUUACUUCAUGCUGUCUUCUUAGGUUUGGACCAUUACCGGCCUGAAGUCUUCGAACACAGCAAAAAACUGCUUCUUCACCUCCUGAUCGCCCUCUCUUGCAACAGCAAUUUUCAUGCCAUUGCUUCUGUGCUCCUGCAGACUCGAGAACUGGGGGAAGCUAAGACUCUAACAGUCCAACCCGCUUAUCAACCUGAAUAUCUCUACACAGGCGGCUUUGACUUCCUGCGGGAGGACCAGCCGUCCCCAGUGCCAGACUCAGGCCUGAGCUCCAGCUCCACCUCGUCCAGCAUCAGCCUGGGGGGCAGCAGCGGGAACCUCCCGCAGAUGACCCAGGAGGCAGAGGACGUGGGCACAGCUGCCGACGCGGACGGGAAGGCAAACAAACUCAUCGAGUUUCUGACGACCAGGGCAUUUGGUCCACUCUGGUGCCAUGAAGACAUCACACCCAAAAAUCAAAAUUCAAAGAGUGCUGAACAGCUCACUCAUUUUCUACGUCAUGUUGUAUCUGUAUUUAAAGAUUCCAAAUCAGGUUUUCACCUGGAGCAGCAUUUGAGUGAAGUCGCAUUGCAGACAGCGCUUGCAAGCUCUUCAAGGCAUUAUGCCGGUCGGUCCUUCCAGAUAUUCCGGGCGCUCAAACAGCCUCUGUCUGCCCAUGCCUUGUCUGACCUUCUCUCAAGACUGGUAGAGGUGAUUGGAGAACACGGAGAUGAGAUUCAGGGCUAUGUAAUGGAAGCGCUUCUUACCUUGGAAGCCGCUGUGGAUAACUUGUCGGACUGCCUGAAGAGCAGCGACCUCCUAACGGUGUUAUCUCGCUCUUCAUCACCAGAUUUAAGCUCUAACACUAAACUAACAGCGAGCAGAAAGAGCACAGGACAACUGAACGUAAACCCCGGGACAGCCAGUGGCAGUGCAGCAACUGGAGAGCGAAGCCGGCACCAACGAAGCUUCUCUGUGCCCAAGAAAUUCGGUGUUGUCGACCGAUCCUCAGACCCGCCUCGGAGUGCCACCCUGGACAGAAUUCAGGCCUGUACCCAGCAAGCCCUCUCCUCCAAAACCAGAAGCUCAUCCUCCUUGAAGGACAGCCUCACAGACCCGUCGCACAUAAACCAUCCAGCCACUCUGUUGGCCACCAUCUUUUGGGUCACAGUGGCCCUGAUGGAAUCUGAUUUUGAGUUCGAAUACCUAAUGGCCUUAAGGCUGUUGAAUAGACUGCUGGCUCACAUGCCACUCGAUAAAGCUGAGAACCGGGAAAAACUGGAGAAGCUCCAGGCGCAGCUCAAGUGGGCCGACUUCUCCGGGUUGCAGCAGCUGCUGCUGAAAGGAUUCACCUCCCUCACCACCACCGACCUCACCCUGCAGCUCUUCAGCCUGCUGACACCAGUGUCCAAAGUAUCCAUGGUGGAUUCAUCCCAAGCUAUUGGGUUUCCACUGAACGUGUUAUGUCUCCUGCCCCAGCUGAUUCAGCAUUUUGAAAAUCCCAAUCCGUUCUGUAAGGAUGUAGCCGAAAGGAUUGCUCAGGUUUGUUUGGAAGAGAAGAACCCCAAACUUUCCAAUCUUGCACAUGUCAUGACUCUUUAUAAAACACACAGCUACACAAGGGACUGUGCGACGUGGGUCAACGUGGUCUGCCGAUACCUUCACGAAGCAUAUGCUGAUAUUACCUUGAAUAUGGUUACCUACCUGGCGGAGCUGCUGGAGAAGGGCCUCCCUAGUAUGCAGCAGCCCCUGCUGCAGGUGAUCUACAGUCUGCUCAGCUACAUGGAUCUUUCUGUUGUUCCUGUAAAGCAGUUUAAUGUGGAAGUUCUGAAGACGAUUGAAAAAUAUGUGCAAAGUGUUCACUGGAGAGAAGCUUUGAAUAUCUUGAAGCUGGUAGUUUCUCGAUCUGCCAGCCUAGUUUUGCCUUCCUACCAGCACAGCGACCUCUCAAAGAUAGAAAUACAUCGAGUAUGGACUAGUGCUUCGAAGGAAUUACCUGGAAAAACCCUGGACUUUCACUUUGAUAUUUCAGAGACACCCAUCAUCGGGAGGCCGUACGAUGACUUGCAGAACUCCGGGCGUGAGGGGAAGCCCAGGGCCGUGGCCGUCACCAGGAGCACGUCGUCUGCCUCAUCGGGCUCCAACUCCAAUGUCCUCGUGCCUGUAAGCUGGAAAAGGCCCCAGUAUUCUCAGAAGAGAACGAAAGAGAAGCUGGUGCAUGUCCUUUCUCUGUGUGGCCAAGAAGUGGGACUGAGCAAAAAUCCAUCAGUGAUUUUUUCAUCGUGCGGGGAUCUUGAUCUGCUUGAGCACCAGACAAGCUUGGUGUCUUCUGAGGACGGCGCCCGGGAACAGGACAACAUGGAUGACACAAACAGUGAGCAGCAGUUUCGCGUCUUUAGAGACUUCGAUUUCCUAGACGUGGAGCUGGAGGAUGGAGAGGGCGAGAGUAUGGACAAUUUCAACUGGGGAGUGCGCAGGCGUUCUCUGGAGAGUCUGGACAAGUGUGAUAUGCAGCUUCUCGGGGAGCUCCAACUUGCAGGAAGUUCUCCCAGCCUAAAUAAAAUGAACCACGAGGAUUCCGACGAGUCCUCCGAGGACGAAGACCUCGCGCCCAGCCAGAUCCUGCAGCACUCUCACCUAAUCAUGUCUCUCUCCCCUUCGGAAACCAAUCCCGUGGAGUCUCUUACCACGGCCUGUGACAUGCCCCCUGCCGACCCUCAUGCCUUCCACACCAGAAUGGCCAGCUUUGAUGCUUCUUUGCCUGAGAUGAAUAAUCUUCAGAUUUCUGAGGGUUCAAAGGCUGAAGCUGUCCAGGAGGAGGAGGACACCACGGUGCAUGAGGAUGAUCUUUCUAGUUCCAUCAAUGAACUCCCAGCAACCUUUGAAUGCAGUGAUAGCUUUAGCCUGGAUAUGACCGAGGCGGAAGGAAAAGGCACUCAGGCGCUGGACCAGUUUACUCUUGCAAGCUAUGGAGACGCCGAGAGGGGGGCGUCGCCGCCGCCCUCCCCCUUCUUCUCGGCCAUCCUGGCCGCGUUUCAGCCGGCGGCCUGCGACGACGCGGAGGAGGCCUGGCGCAGCCACCUGCACCAGCUCAUGGGCGACGCGGACGGCUCCUGCGCCGUGUACACGUUCCACGUGUUCUCCUCCUUGUUCAAGAAUAUUCAGAAAAGGUUCUGCUUCCUAACCUGUGAUGCCGCCAGUUACCUCGGAGACAACCUGCGGGGAAUCGGGUCCAAGUUUCUCAGCUCCUCUCAGAUGCUCACCUCCUGCUCCGAGUGCCCCACGCUCUUCGUGGAUGCGGAGACCCUUCUUUCCUGUGGACUUCUAGACAAGCUCAAAUUCAGUGUUUUGGAGCUGCAAGAAUAUCUGGAUACUUACAACAACAGAAAAGAGGCCACUCUCUCAUGGCUUGCAAACUGUAAGGCGACAUUUUCAGGAGGAUCAAGAGAUGGCGUGAUUACCUGUCAACCAGGGGACUCAGAAGAAAAGCAAAUGGAAUCUCUUGCACAAUUGGAACUGUGCCAGAGACUCUAUAAGCUACAUUUCCAGCUGCUGCUGCUUUUUCAGUCCUACUGUAAGCUCAUCGGCCAGGUGCACGAGGUCAGCUCCAUGCCAGAGCUGCUAAAUAUGUCCAGGGAGCUGAGUGACUUAAAGAAAAACCUGAAGGAGGCCACGGCGGCCAUUGCAGCUGACCCUCUGUAUAUAGAGGGCGCGUGGUCUGAGCCAACCUUCACGUCCACUGAAGCGGCCAUCCAGUCCAUGCUGGAGUGCUUGAAGAACAACGAACUUGGCAAGGCUUUACGGCAAAUCAGGGAAUGCAGAAGUUUGUGGCCCAAUGAUAUCUUUGGAAGCAGUUCUGAUGAUGAGGUCCAGACACUACUGAAUAUUUAUUUCCGUCAUCAAACUCUAGGGCAAACAGGCACUUACGCACUGGUGGGGUCUAAUCAGAGCCUGACCGAAAUCUGCACGAGGCUGAUGGAGCUGAACAUGGAGAUCCGGGACAUGAUUCGCAGGGCCCAGAGCUACCGGGUCCUCACUGCUUAUCUUCCAGACUCCAGCGUCUCUGGCACUAGUCUCUGACAGGAGCCUCCCAUCCCCCGUGGGUCCCAAGCUGGGGGUGCUGUCAUGCUGGAGUGACAUCAUUCAGUGUCUUCUCAGCCUUCAGAAGACUUGGUCAAACUGUCCUCCCUCUCGUUACCUGUAGGACUUUUUCUAAAGAAGAUGGCAGAACUUCCCAUGUGUAGCAAUAUUCUAAGAACCAAGGUAGCCGAGAAUAUUCUGGGACAGACUCCACCACCCAUCACGCUGUGUGGCACAAAUGUGUUAUCAUUUUACUGAGCAAAUGCAACUCACUACUGAAGAAGUGACUUCCAUUGCAUACCAAAGCUGACUACACUGAACAAUACCUUCCUUUCUAGAAAUAAUUUUAGAUUGGCAAAAGUGCAAUGUUUCUUCACUAAAAAAAUUUUAUAUUCUAGAACUUGUACAUUCUUUCCCUUUUUUUUUUUUUUCCCUCUUUUUGGUGGGCUAAGGAAGGAGCAGGCAGCAUGACGCUGGCCACUGAAAAUUAUAAGAUGGUCAAAAGCUGACAGCCUGUAAACAUGAAAAGGGAAUUAUAAAUGGACAAUUUAAUGUACACUGUAAUUUGAAUAUGAUUACUGUACCUAAAAUGAGCUGCUAUGAAGUACCUUCCUUAUGUUGCUAGGCUACUGUUUCCGAAAGCCCUGGACCUCUUUGCAGGGGUCUGUGAUUAGGACUCUAGCACCAAAAAUGGUCCAGAGACUUUUUUUUUAAGGAUCUUGGCUGCUUUUUACUAGAAGGUUCCUUUUAUGAGCAUAUUUAUACUACAGAAGGAUAAGUGUUAAUUUUAACCAACUUUGCCAUUUUGUAGAAAAAAGUUAAAAGACAUUCACAUUAUAAAUCAAGUCUUGUCACCUGUCACACAUGAAUAUUUUAAUACCCAUUUGGAUAGCCAGAAGUAGAAUCAUCAAGGUAAAAUAUGAGUUGUCACUUUUUUCCUUAAGAAAUGUCGUAUUUUAUUUGUAAUAUAUAUGUAAAUGGCCAUUCUUAAGUUUUCUCCAUAAACUUAAGGCUGUCAAGUGUUGGAUGUGUGCAUGUAAACCUGUUGCACAUCAGAAAAACAUAUUCAGAGUUUAUCUAUGUAACUUAUUCACUCUGUAAAUACAUUUAAAGUUUUUGUGAUGUAAUCUUGGUUGAUACUCUGUUCAGAACUUCCCUUAGACUAAAAAAAAAGACAAAACACAUAUUGACCAUGGAUUUUCUUUCUGGUUAAUGAAGCUUUUGCCUUUGACACACAUUUUUUUUGUGUCAUGUGGGUUGCCACAGUGACAACCCCUAGGGGCACCAUUCAUGUCUGUUCCAUGAAUGGUACCUGUUAGGGCUCUGCACCAAGCACCUGACCCUGUGAAGCAGGAGGGAUCUUCAACCUCUCUGGAAGUGGACAACAAAAAAAGAACGUCAAUUUCAACCAAAGAGAGAAGCCAGAAGACUGAAAGCUCUACCUCUCCACAGCCUAUAAGUAAGUUGUCAUCCUUAAAAUUGUGAAACAGACUACAAUGAGCAGGAAAAAGGGGUUUUAAUUCUGUCACUACCACCCAUCUACCUUCCACCCCACUCGAGAAACAGACACACAAUCUAACUUCUGCUGUCUUCCUACUCAUAUUUAUUUAGACUGACAAAUAUAGCUUGCUUUCCCAACAUACAACAGCUACAUCAUAAGUAGUCAUUUUCUAGAAGUAUCCAGACACAGGCAGUCUGACCCAGGAUUUAUUUGUUGCCACAGAUAACAACGAUUAACUUACUUUAAAAACUUUCUGGAUAUUGCUGUCAACAUAUUCCUCUUAUGAUUUUUUCAACUUACACGAAAGAUGAUUUGUAGGAGACACCUGAACCGUAGUCUGUCUGAAAAUAUCAUAAGAUGUAGGUGUCUGUGGUUAACAUCAAACAACUGUCAGAGUUCUGCUGGGACCCACAGUGGAAAGGGCUGACUAGUCAAGGUUGAAUUUUUCUGCCAUGCACUGGAACCCAGCAAAGAAGCACCAUGAUGGAUUACUUAUUCUUUAAAAAGGAGGAUUUCAUGGGAGAUUCUGGGAAGAUGGCAGAAAAGAGGUUCCAGAAGCAACCACCUCCUACAUACACACCAAGGCAGCAGCUACUCACUCAGAAAACUACUUGAAGACAGAGCAGAACUUCCAGAACUAAAGACGAAGAAAAGACUGCAUUGAGAAGGGUGGGGGGGCAGAGCCACAGUUAGGAGCCAAGCCCUUCCCCACCUCCAGCCCACAAGGGGGAAGGAGCAAGGUGCAGAGGGGCAAAGCCUCUGCUUUUGGAUGGCUAGCGUGCUGUGUCAACCAGUCUGAGACCUAACACAGAAGCAGCGGUUUGGGAAGCACCUGGGUUAUAAGUAAAGGAGAUUUAUCAACUAAUUUUGGGAUGUAUACCAGAGGGAGGCGAUUUGCAGGAGCUUUCUCUGGGGGAGGAGAAGCUGACAGGCACCACUUUUCUUGGCCUCCUUCAGCCUAGCUGGCCAGACACUUGUGGGAACCAGUUCUGACACUUUCUAACCUGCCAGCACCAUUCACCUUGCCCUGGCAUUCCCCUGUGGACUCAUCCUACCAACCUGCCUGACCCAUCAGGCACCCAUUCAAGGUGCCUACUGAACCAUCCCACUGUGCAGACAGCCUCAGUCAGGAUGCUACCCCUCCAGAUUAACUCCUACCUUGAGAAGAUGAGGAGCUAUCCUCACCCAGCAGCGUAUACAGGCAGUAGACACAGCUGAGCCUCUAAGGUAGCCAUGCCAUGAAUAAGCCCUCUCCACCAGUGUGCCCACAAUAGUUUAGCCACUCCUGACAACCAGGCAGAGGGCAGGCCCCACCCACCAGCACAACUGCAGGGGCUGAAGCCAAGUAUUCCAGCCAACCACACUGUGAGAGAGCCUUGCAAACUAAUGUAAUAGUGAUGCUGGUCACUGCUGACAGCCUAGUGGAUAGCCAGCCUCUCCCACCAGCCCUCUCCCAACAAUUGUGGUCCAGAUGCAAAAGGAGAGUAUACAGGGGACACCCCCAGAAACACCUGAUUCUGGUGACCAAGAGGUAUUGCAUUACUGGGCACCAUGGGAUGUCUACUACGUAAGGCCACUGCUUUCAAGAGACAUAGCUGAUCUACCUAGUACACAGAACCAGACAAAAUGAGCAGGCAGAGAAAUAUGUCCCAAACAUACACACACCAAAAGACAAAAAAUGGCUAAACAAAAUGGAGAUGAGACAUCUACCUGAAAAAGAAUUCAAAGUAAUGGCCAUAAAGAUACUCACCAGACCCCAGGCAGAAGAGUGGAUGAACUCAGAACAUCAACAAAAUGAUAGAAAAUAUAAAGAACCAGUCAGAGCUGAAGAGUACAGUAACUGAAAUGAAAAAUACACUAAAGGGAGUCAAUAGAUUAAAGAAUGUAAAAAAACUUAUUAGCAAUCUGAAAGACAGGAUAAUGGAAAGCAACCAAACUAAACAGUAAAAAGAAAGAAGAAUAUUUAAAAAGGAAAGGUUAAGAGGUGCAGUAUUCAUAAUGUAAGUCCAAAGAGAAAGAAAAAGGAGCAGAAACCUUAUUUGAAAAAAUAACAGCUGAAAACCACCCUAACCUGGAGAAGGACACAGACAUCCAGGCCCAGGAUACACAGAGAAUGCCAAACAAGAUGAACCCAAGAAAGUCGACCUUGACACACAAAGUACGAAAAUGUCAAAGAUUAAAGAUAAAGAAAAAUCUUCAAAGCAGCAAGAGGAAAAUAACUAGUUGCAUACAAGGGAAACCCCAUAAGGCUCUCAGCUUUUUCAGCAGAAACUUUACAGGCCAGAAGGGAGUGGCAUGAUAUAUUCAAAGUAAGGAAAAGAAAAAUUUACAACCAAGAAUAUUCUACCCAUCGAGGUUAUCAGUAAGAAUUGAAGGAGAGAUAAAGAGCUUCCCAGAUAAAAAGUUAAAGGACUUUAUCAGCACUAAACUUGCCUUACAAGAAAUGUUAAAGGAGUUUCAUUAAAUGGAAAAGAAGAUGCACAAUUCAAAGAAAAUUAUGAAAGAAAAAUGUUUCAUUGGUAAUAGCAAACACAAUAAAAGUAGUAUGUCAAUCACUUUUGAAGCUGGUAUGAUAUCUAAAGACAAAAGUAGUGAAAUCAAUUUUAUACAUAAAAAUUAGUCAAGGAAUACACAAAAUAAAAAUAUAUACACAAAACAUGGAGAGGGGAAUAAGAGACUGACAUAUACAUAGAAUGCUCUAUAUGAGCCUCAUGGUAAGCACAAAUCAAAAACCUUUAAUAGAGAUAGAAAAAAUAAAGAUAAAUAAUCUAAUCAUGACACUAAAGAAAGUCAUCAAAUCAUAAGUGAAGAGAGCAAAAGAAAGGAAAAGUUCUAGAGAAGAAUUGCAAAAAACAACCAGAAACAAUUAACAAAAUGGCCAUAAUUACCUACCUAUUAAUAAUUCCUCUAAGUGUAAAUGGAUGUGGGGGCGGUCCAAGAUGGUGGUGUAAAAAGAGCCUAUACUCACUUCCUCCCAUGUAUACACCAAAUCUAGCCAACAUACAGAGCAAUUCCUCCUGAAGUAGAACUGAAUGCUGGGUGACAUUCAAAAGAUAGACCACAUUUUAAAAAGGGAGAAGAGAUAGAGUCCUGGUGAUGACAGGAACCCUACCACCAAUGCAGAGAGAAACCUGCAGCAAGGCAGGAUAUCACGAAGGGACCUGCACCCAGACUCACCCUGGAGCACAGGGAAAAAAGAAUGGUUUAAAGAGCAACUAGACUAUAAGUGAAGGAAGCUGAUUUACUAAUUUAGAGUGCCACCCAAAUGGCAGGGAAACUGCAGAGCUCUCUCUGAGACCAGAGGUACUAGUGAGUGCCAUUGCUUAUGUUCCAGGCCCACACUAAUAGUGCAUGCAAGAGCAGGGUCCAGACACCACUUCAGAAGGCCCAGUGUGUAGCCGACACCAGCUCAAGAAGUUCCCUGUGUACACACAGGGUGCACACAACCCACACAGGAGACACCCCUGGAGCUCUGGUGACCAGAGGAUUUUGUGCUUCUGGCCACCAAAGGACACCUGCUACAUAAAGCUACCGCUUUCAAAACCAGCCAGCAUAGUUGAUUUAUCUAACAAAAACAGAGAACCUGACAAAAUGAGGAGACAGAUGAAUAUGUUCCAAACAAAAGAACAAAGCACCACGAAAAAUGCCAAGUGAAACAGAGAUCAUCUACCUGAUAAAGAAUUCAAAGUCCUGGUCAUACACAUGCUCACUGUACUGGACAGAAUAAUAGACGAACUCUGGGAGGACUUCCACAAAGAGGCAGAAAAAAUGAACUAGUCAAAGCUGAAGAAUAAAAUAACUGAAAUGAAAAAUACAAGAGAAGGGAUCAAUAGCAAAUCAGAGGCUACAGAAGAACAUAUCAGUGAUCUGGAAGACAGGGUAGUGGAAAGUAACCAAAAUGAACAAACAGAAAGGUUUUUUUUUAAUGAGAAGAUGCUAAAAGAUCUCUGUGACAACUUCAAAUGAAACAAUAUUUGCAUAAAAGGGGCUCAGAAGGAGAUGAGAUAAAGGAUCAGAGAGCCUAUUUGAAGUAAUAGUAGUUGGAAAUUUCCCCAACCUGGGGAAAGAAAUGAACACCCCGGUCCUGGAAGCACUAGAGAGCCACUAAGAAAUGAAGCCAAGGAGGUCCACACCAAGUCAUAUAGUAAUUAAAAUGGGAAAGACAAUAGAGAACCUUAAAAACAGUAAGAGAAAGGCAGACCAUUACCUACAAGAGAAACCCUAUAAGGCUAUCAGCAGAUUUUUCAGCAGAAACUUGACAGAAGGAAGUGGCACGAAUUUUCAAAGUGCUGUAAGGUCAAAAAUCCAUAACCAAGAAUAUGCUACCCAGCCAGGUUAUCAUUCAGAGUUGAAGAGGUUAAAAAAUGUGGAGCUCAAAAGACACAGUAGUAAAAUCAAUUAUACACAAAAAUUAGUGAAGAAAGACAAAAAUAUGUAAAUUAUGAUGUCAUAUGCAUAAAAAGUGGAGGAGAAAAUAAAAAAGUAGUACUUUAAGAAUAUGUUUGAACUUAAGUGCCCAUCAAGCUAAUAUAGACUACUGUAUAUACAGAAUGCUACAUAUGACCUAAGGUUAACCACAAACUUAUAACAUACACAAAAAAGUAGAGAAAGGAAUCAGCAUAGCACGAAAAAGUCAUUAACUCACAAAGGAAGAGCAAGAGAAGGCACAGAACUGUAAAAACUACCAGAAAACAACAAAAUGGCAAUAAAAUAUCUACCUAUCUAUAAUUACUUCAGAUGUAAAUAGACUAAAUGCUCCAAUCAGAAGACACAGUGUGGCUGAAUGAGUAAAGAAACAACACUCAUCUAUAUACUGCCUACAAGACACUUACUGCAGACCUAACGACAUCACAGAAUGAAACUGAAGGGAUUGAAAAAGAUAUUCCAUAAAUAAAAGCAAAAAAAAAAAAGAAAAUAGGAGCAGCAACACUUACAUCAGACAAAACAGACUUUGAGACAAAGAAAAGGCAUUAUUAAUGAUAAAGGGAUCAGCCCAACAAGAAGAAAGAACAGUUAUAAAUAUCUAUGCACCCAAAAUAGGGGCACCUACAGAGCAAAUACUAACAGAUACAAAGGGAGAAGUUGACAGUAAUAGAAUAAUAGUAGGAGCCUUUAAGACCCCACUUACAUCAAUGGACAGAUCAUCCAGACUGAAAAUUAAUAAGGAAACACUAGCUUUGAAUGACACAUUAGACCAGAUACAAUCAGCAAAUAUAUAAAAAAAAAUUUCAUCCCAAAACAGGAGAAUAUAAAUUCUUCUCAAGUACACAGGGAACAUACUCCAGGAUAGAUCACAUAUUAUUAGGUCACAAAACAAAUCUCAAAUUAAAAACAUUGAAAUCAUAUCAAGCAUAUGCUUGUGACUCCCACCACAACUA